CGGAUGAUAACUACGCCUUUAAGAUGACUUCGGAAGCUUCUCAGUCGCUUUGUGUGAAGUUCAACAUCUCACAGAACCCAAAAGAUGUCCACCCUUUUCAUCUGACAGUUUCUGAACAGACCGCGGAGCGAUUUGACAUUGACACAGAUGAGAGCACUUUCGUUGCUGGAUUGCGAAAAGCCGGUGCUGAUGUUGACAGCGUUCUUCUAGUUUCGGUUCGCAUCCGAGGUCGUGGAAAUGACCGCAUUCCGUUUUUAGCAGACGACACUUUCGAAUCUUUUAAUGGGUUUCACGACCAUACAGUUGUGGUGUGGUGUACAGCUUCAUUCUUAGACCAUUAUGAAAUAGACAAGAAUGAUUUGUAUUUCAUUAAAACUCUUGACAUUUACUCUGUCCAAAAAGUUAUAAUUGGUGCCAAGAAUUCAGACAUUUUGCAGUGGACUCAGAAAGUGAAAUUUGGCGCUGGUCUGAUUGUUUCAGUUUGUCAAGAAAAAGUUCUUGUCCGAGAAAGUGAUAUUUUUUUGGCACCAUUUCCCAAGAUAUUCCUUGAAGAUCCUACCUUUGAUCAAGGGUAUUAUUUUGACCUCCAUGUAUUAGAAUGUGUACCAGUGUGUCAAGGCUUGCUCACAGUCAACACAGAAAUUGUCAUCAUUCUCAACAGUGAUGUGAAUAUUGAUGACCUACAUUUACACGAGUCGCAUGAAAAUGAACUGCUGGGCUCUAGGUCAAAAGUAAUAUCAACAAAGAAAAGUCUUGAUUUAGCGAUAUCCAACCUUUGCAUUUCAGACUUUUCCUCACCCCUUAGUAUGUUGUAUAGGAACAAAGAACCUUUGCUGAAUGGAGCAUGUGUAGAUGAUACAGAAACAUGUGAUCAUGAAAGUGCAUUAUCUGGUCAGUGUGACGGUAGGCUUGGAUAUGUGGCAGGAAAAUCUUCAGGUUUUGUUCUCCGUCCAAAUGUUUUACCCAAGAAGGAUCUGUGGCAUAAGCUGCUAUUCCAGAGGGACUCACAAGUGUCUUUUGAUCCUCUCUACAUCGCAGGAAUGUCAAGGUCAUUGAUGCUUAAACACGGACUGUUUGAUGGAGCUAUUGUUCGAGUGUCGUCCCUUGACCAUCAGCCAUCAUCAAAAGGGACUACUGUAAAUUCAAAAACCUCAGUUGAAGAUGCGGGAAGUGAUGUUGAUUGCCCCCAGCCUUCUGUUGGUUCUGGCAGAUAUUGCGUCCAGUCUGUUAGGAGCUACCAGAAUGCUCCAGUUAAACUGGCACAAGUCAAAAUGCUUAAGCGAGAGUUUGAUUCCAGUAAGGACGUCUACAUUUCCCCUCUUUUGUUAUUCAAUCUUCAGCCUUGCCCCUCAAGUUUGUCGUCACCACUUUGCGUGUUUGAAAAAUACUCAUAUCAGCACCACAGUGACACAAUGAGCUCAGUUAGUGAAUCAUGGGAUGUCAAACUGCCUUUUGCCAAAGAAGUCCAGAUUUCAUUGGUCAAUUCAGGAGAUUACAAUCCAUUGUCAUCUUUCACUGAGGCUCUAAAGAAAUAUUUCCAAGUACCAAGAACUGUUUCUGUUGGUGACGUGCUGGCUGUUAGGAGUGAAGAUGAUCCUCGAUUUUGUCAGAAUUUAGCUGAGGGUGCAGAGACAAGACAUCCAAUGAUAUAUUUUAAGGUCAUUCGAGUGGAACCCGAGCCAUGUGAUGGACAGACGUAUAUUGCAGAUGACAGACGCACAACACUUAUACAGGUUGGCAGUAUUCACAGUUACAUCCCAGCUCGACUGGAGAGCUACCUGUCAAAGGGAGAUCAUCUGUCCUACUGGGAAAAAACACACUUGAGCGGCUUGGAAAAGUACACAGAUAUGAUAGAGUCUCUAAUAUUGCCACAUUUGUCAUCUAGGAGUAGGCGUCAAUCUGGUGUAUCACCCUGUAUCCUGGUAACUGGCCAGGCAGCCGUGGGCAAGACCGCUGUGGUCAGCUGUGUCACAAGGAAGCUGGGGGCUACAGGUGUGAGCUGUAACACAUUGACAGGUGACACGGCAGGGGCUACAGAGGCUAGGCUGAAGAACACUAUAGAAUCAGCUGCCUUCUAUUCUCCAUGUGUUUUACUGCUUCAAAAUAUUCAUGUUCUUGGGAAAGACCGUGAAAGAAAUGUUGAAGAUACACGAGUGGCAAAAAGUUUUCAUGACAUGACAAAGCUACUUUCACUUGGAGAUUUCCCUGUUAUUGUUGUUGCAACAACCACACAUUCCAAACUUGUAUCACAUGAUAUGCAGCAAAGUUUUCUUCACCAUGUGGCUAUAGAGGUGCCCUCAGAACGUGAAAGAUCUAAGAUGAUACAGGGUCUGUUAGCAGAGACCAACUUCUCGUCUGAUAUUGAUCCGGCUCACAUUGCUCAGAGAACAGCUGGAUUUGUUCUAGGGGAUUUUGUAGCCUUGUUGGCUGUAGUGAAGAAAGCAGCCAUCACAAGGAUCUGCAAGCAGUGCCGAGUGUGGCCGACAGAGGCUCAGGAAGAGGCUUUGAGGUCAGCUGGGGUUAAAGUUCAGAUGUUGGACAUUCUCCAGGCCCUGGAUACCCUUCAAUCUGCCCACUCCAGCUCCUUGGGGUCACCAAACAUUCCCGACGUGAGAUGGGAAGACAUUGGUGGAUUGGCCAAUGUAAAAACCGAGAUCCUGGACACGAUCCAGCUGCCAUUACAACACCCGGAGCUCCUGGCUGCUGGUCUUCGCAGAUCAGGUGUUUUGCUGUAUGGCCCCCCUGGCUCAGGGAAAACACUGCUGGCCAAAGCUGUUGCCACAGAGUGUUCACUUAAUUUCUUAAGUGUAAAAGGCCCUGAGCUGAUCAACAAGUAUAUUGGUCAGAGUGAAGAAAAUGUGAGAGAAGUGUUCAGCCGUGCACGGGAUGCAAGCCCGUGCGUGAUAUUCUUUGAUGAGUUGGACAGUCUGGCCCCCAAUCGAGGCCGUAGUGGGGACUCGGGGGGUGUCAUGGAUAGAGUGGUGUCCCAAAUGCUGGCAGAGCUUGAUGGAUUACACAAGUCACUGGAUGUGUUUGUGAUCGGAGCAACAAACAGACCAGACCUGCUUGAUCCAGCCUUACUCCGUCCAGGGAGAUUUGACAAACCGCUCUUCUUAGGGGUCAGUACUGAUAAAAAGUCUCAGGUGAAAAUUUUGGAGGCAUUAACAAGGAAGUUUACCUUCGAUGCAGACGUCAACCUUCAAAUUGUGGCAGAGCAAUGUCCAAUGACUUUGACUGGAGCUGACUUCUAUGCCCUGUGCUCUGAUGCCAUGUUAAAUGCUGUGAAGAGAAAAAUAGAUGAACUUGAAGCAGGAAAGACAGUUGACCAGAGCUCAGUGGCAGUAAGGCAGGGAGACUUUCUAACGGCCUUGAGUAAACUCAGUCCAUCGGUAUCUGAGGCAGAGCUUCGCCGUUAUGACCAACUCAGGAAAUCCUUAGCAGCUCGAAAAUAAACGCUGCUGUUUGAGGGAGACAAUUAGAGGGAACAAUCACAGUUUUCCCGCUUUAUUAGAUAUUCCUACCACUGUAUCAAAACAAUCAACACAAUAAACAAUGAGUGAUUUAUACUUGUGCAGGAUAUGAGAAAAUAUCAUGCUGUGAUGUGAAAAAAUCUGUUGACGUGUGAUUAAAUCAGUGUGUGUGAAGAUAUAAUAAUGAAGACCGCUGCUUAUGUCAGUGUCGUGUUUAUGGAAAUGAGGCUUUAUAUCCAUAUUUGUUAUACGAAAGUACAUUUUAGAGGUCACAAGUGAAACUGCCAAGACAACAUGAAUUACUUUUGGGACAUUUUGGUUUCUCUGUGAAGGUCUCUUAUGUAGUACUCUGCUCCAUAUAUUCAGCAAUCCAUAAAGAUAUAUCAGAUGAGUUGAAGUGGAUGUGGUUGAAAUAUACAUGGACCAAAUAUUGUUUGUACUAAAGUCUUUUGCUUCAUGUCAGAUGAAUCACCCCAUUUGGAUGAAAUCCGGCAUUUCUGUGAUAUUACAAUACGGUAUUAAGAACCUGAUUAUUACAGGAGUGGUACUGAUAGACAUUAGUGUCACAGUUUGUGCUACACGUUAGCCACAUGUUAAUCCGUGAUCUGGUUUAUGGAUUAAUUCAUAUGUUGGAAAAUUUUACAGUGAUCAUGGUUUUGUGUUGUACUUGUAACUGUGGUUGUGUCAAAAUGUAUCCAUGAUACAGAGGUGCAACCUGAUGUGACGUGACUAAACAAGAACUGAAACAAGGACGUGUAUUUGUUGAUUUUGUUUCUGUCUCUGUUCUCAUUUGUUUGAGAUUACCAAUCUGUAAAUGUCUGAUGCAACUACUCAAGAUUUACUCAAACUGAAACAAAGCAGUACAAUUAUAUGGCACCCAUAAUAUAAUAUUUGUUGUCAUUUGGGUUUUUAUGUCGUUAAUCACAUGGCAGAGACCAUCAUCAGGUCAGUCCAUGCAGAAACAUUCAAAAGAGAUUCAUGCAUGGUGGCUAACUUUGAUGAAUUUAUUAAAUAUAUCUCCAUUUGAAUAGAAAGCCUAUUCAGAAUGAACAUUGCUGUAAAUAUUUUACUGGUGCUCCCACCAGUUAAGUCUUAGUGACAAUAAGAAGUCGACAAAGCUCGUGGCAGUUUUCUCAUUCCAAGAUUCAUUGAAGACCACUUGCCUUCCACCAUAAUUGUGUACAUAUCUGUAUGUCACAUGCGAGACAGUUUAUCAGUACUCUGUCGAGGGCCGAUGGUCACUGGUUUCCGUCACCCAUACAAGUGUCUGCCACUGACGUGAAAACUUCCUGAGUAUGGCAAUAAACAACAAGCAAAUAAAUAAAAUUUUAUUUUGUUGA